GUACGCUGUAUAGGGAGGUUGGUGUUGGUGGUUGGUAUCCCUAUACAGAGUAUCAUCCACCCUCAUUUCCGCCACCUCCAAACGGACCCCACCACCCAGGGAUGUAUUUCCCUCCCCUCCCCUAUCCCCUGACCUGCUGCGCUUUUCCAGCAACACCUUUUCAGCUCUGACUCCAGCAUCUGCAGACCUCACUGUUUCCUGUAUCAGACUGAGACACAACCUGCUCUCCCCCAACACGGAGUUUUACCAAAUGUUUCUCAGCAGCUUCUCGGUCUCCUGUCAGUGUCUGCCUCUGAUCCUGAUCGCAGUCCCAGUCCCGGGAAAGGAGCUGCAGGGACACAGCUCACAGAAACUACUCGCCCCGCUGCUGCUGCUGCUGCUGCUAAAUGUUGUUGCUGCUGUUUCAGGUGACUCGCCUGUCCCAGUUUCUGGGUUCCUUGGGGAGCAGGUUGUGCUGCCCUGUACCUACAAAGGGAAUGUCCCAGUCUCUGAUUUACUGGUAAUCUGGAGGACAGAGAAGGAGGAAAUUUUAUACGAGUUUGUCGAUGGGAAUGAUGAUUUGGCCCAACAAGACCCACGGUUCAGAAACCGAGCGAACCUGUUCAAAGGUCAACUGGAACAAGGGAACUGGUCAGUUCUGAUCUCUGACCUCAGGGAGACAGACCAGGAUGUGUAUCAGUGUUGGAUUCAAAAGAGAGUUGGUGUGCUUUUUUAUUCAGAGCAGUCUGAUUCUGUUGAUCUCUCUGUAAAAGAGCGAGCUCCUACACCUGGACCGAAUACACAUGUAUCAGGUCCUGGAGUCACAACUAGAGCAAGAGUUGGAUUGGGAAUCGGGAUUGCUGCUGUUUUUGUUGUUGGAAUUGUGGGUUACAUUGUCCUAAAGCGACAAAGAAGGAAACAGAACCUACACAAGAUGGCAGCAUUGAAUGGUGACCCUUUGAGAGAGGUGACCAUGCAUCAGGAUGGAGCGGCUGGAGAACAAAACCUUCUGGGGAACGGGGCUGCCCAGCACUGACUGAGUUUCCACCGCACUGAGCCUGGCUCAGGGAGGGGGGGAAUUAGCCCAAUGUUGGGGGGGAUCAAUUGAUUCCUGGUGGAAAGUCUGAGCUCAGGAUUGGGAUCAACAGUCACCUUCUACUUUGUACAAAUCAUUCUGAGCAGCACAAUCUCAGGAAAACACCCCAUGGGGGUGUUAUCCCUAUACUCAAAAAAAUGGACCAAGUGUUUCAUCCGCUGCGUUAUAUUUCAGCAUUACUGUUACAGUCUGUGUCCAAACCCUGUCUCCGGGGUUCAGCUGCGUAACCCUAACUCUAACCCCCAAUGCUAAUCCUGUGAAAUAUUUAAGCACUUCUAAAGGUAGUAGUUCCAAAUGAGCCUGUUGGACUAUAAUCUGAUGUUGUGUCAUUUUUAACUUUAUUUCCUGCUGUGUUAUAAUGUAAUGAUCUUGUGCUGAUAUGUCCUGUAUGUUUAUAUCUGACUUUUGUGUAUGAAACAAGAUUGUAAAUAUUUUAUAUGCAGAUAUUUCUGUAUUUUUAUCCUGGAUAUUUCUUACUUUUCUACCUCUGCUUUUUGCUCUGA